AUGCCAAGGAGACCACGUAGCCCAGGGACCCUAGUGUGCCCAGGUAGCCCAGGGAGGCCAGUCAGCCCAGUGCGCCCUGGGACCCCAGGUAGCCCAGCAAGGCCAGUGCACCCAGUGAGCCCAGUGCCCCCGGGGACCCCAGUGUGCCCAG